CAACUUCCUAUGUCUGCCUUGUGGCUCAUAGAAGACAGGUUACGACUAAAUGCAAUGUUAACUGGUUUUGGAUAUCAAACUUGGAUCUGGUAAAGAGGCUGGAUCAGAAACUUUAACCAUCAACUAAAACGUCUGAACUCUGAAAGCGAAAACAAGGAAACACCUGACUGCAGUCCAGAAACACCAGAGAGAAGAUGGACGGGUCAGUAGGGCCGAUGCGAGUGUUGGUGACGGGCGGCAGUGGGCUGGUGGGGCGAGCGAUAGAACGGGUGGUAAAAGAAGGUGAAAAGAGAGAAGGAGAAAAAUGGAUAUUCCUGUCGUCCAAAGAGGCCAAUCUCGUGAGCGCUGAAGAGACGAGGGCAGCCUUCGAGAAACAUCGUCCGACGCACGUCAUUCAUUUGGCCGCGAUGGUGGGCGGACUUUAUAGAAACAUGAGACAGAACCUGGACUUCUGGAGGAAUAAUGUGCACAUCAAUGACAACGUGCUGAACAUGUCUCAUGAGUUCGGCGUGGUGAAGGUCGUUUCCUGUCUGUCUACAUGUGUUUUUCCAGAUAAAACCACCUACCCUAUUGAUGAGACCAUGAUGCACAACGGUGCCCCCCAUGACUCUAAUUACGGUUACGCCUACGCCAAACGCAUGAUUGACGUCCACAACAGGGCGUUAUUUCAGCAGUACGGUCGCAAAUACACAGCUGUCAUCCCCACCAACAUGUUCGGAGCCCAUGAUAACUACAACAUUGAGGACGGUCACGUGAUGCCGGGGUUGAUCCACAAGACGUACCUGGCAAAGAAGGAAGGUAAACCUCUGCAGGUCUGGGGUUCGGGUCGUGCUCUGCGUCAGUUCAUCUAUUCUCUGGAUCUGGCUCGUCUGUUUGUGUGGGUUCUGAGGGAGUACGACGAGGUGGAGCCCAUCAUUCUCUCAGUCGGGGAGGAGGAUGAGUUGACUGUAAAGGAUGCUGUGGACGCUGUGGUUGAAGGAUUCGGGUUCAAAGGGGAAGUUAUUUAUGACACUAGUAAAUCAGACGGUCAGAUCAAGAAAACUGCCAGUAUCGCAAAACUGCGCAAAUACCUGCCAGACUUCAAGUUCACGCCGUUUAAACAAGCCGUCAAGGAGACGUGUGAUUGGUUUGCGGCCAAUUAUGACUCCGCCCGUAAAUGAAGAUCUUCACAUCUGAUUGGCUGCGGCGAGCCUGAACAACCGUCAUACUGAUCGAACACUCUCAACAA